AUGGCUGACGACAGGAACAAAUACAAGAAGUCCCGCUACGACCUCCAUAGAGCCAUCAAACAAGCAAAAGGACGGUAUAGCAACAAGGUGGAGUCAUAUUACACAGGCUCCGCGCCUGCCGCAUGCCCUAAGCUGCAGAAGCUGGCCCAGAGUCUAGGAGACAUUCAGGUGAUCUCUGGCGCCGCCUCUCUGAGUAUAGAACGCCUCCCAUUGGCUGCUGAGGGCCUCUACACCUGCCAGGCUCUCUACGACACAGAGCAGGGAGCCAAGCUAUACUACUACUACAUACACCUACGGGUACUGGUCCCUGUCAGUAAGCCCUAUAUUCUGCUGAGUGAUGCGUCCCCGGCGGAGGGAUCUUUGGUGUGGCUGCGCUGCGGCCUGGAGAACGGCACAGGGCCGCUUUACUUCCUGUGGGAGCAUGAGACGCACAGCGGAUUGGUCAGCACCGUCUCCCAGGGCAACAGCAGCGUGUUCAACAUGACAGAAGUCAACCGUAACCACACAGGCUGGUAUCGUUGUGGGGCACGGAACCAGGUCAACCAGGAACGGUCCGACCGCAUCUGGCUGGACAUCAUCUUCGGUCCUGAUAUUCCCCAGAUAGAUGUGACUCCCUACAGUAUAACAGACAGAGGAUACUCUGCUCAGGAGAGACAGACGGUCUCUCUGCUCUGCCAGGCCCAGUCCAACCCUCCCAGUCAAUAUGUCUGGUUCUACAACAACAGCCAGGUGUACACGGGACCCCAGUUCACCAUCACUAGGAUUCUGCGGAUGCACACUGGUACCUACGCCUGUUUGGCUCAGAACACAUACCUCAACACCCGCUCUAUGAAGACCAUAAGCCUCACCGUUUACUACCCUCCAGAUGGUUCCCCCUCCUGCUCUGUUCUGCCAGCAAUGAACUACUCCUCCCUCAACCUGACCUGUUCAUGGCCAGGGGGCCUGCCCCCCCCUUCACUACGCUGGACCACAAACCUUCUGGCACAGGGAGGGGCGUGGCUUGGGAGUGAAGCCAACAAUGUCUCCGUACUGCAGUCUGGAUCCCAGACCAACAACAACUCUCUGUUCACCUGCCUGGGGAUGCACCCUGCUCUCAACACCUCCACACAAUGCACUGCACGGGCCUGUGGGUCUCCCAGGGCUGUGGUGUGGUGGGAGGUGCCUAAAGUAGAGGGGAGGGGCCAAGAAGUGGAGACCUCCAAGAUCCUGGUACUUCGUUCUAACUCCACCCAGAAUGGACAGGCCUACACCUGCUACGCCAAACACCCCCUGGACACACGCACCAGGACCUGCAGCCUUAGACUGGAGGCUCCAGUCUUGUUGACCCAGCGUAGUGUGGUGUCUGUGUUCGAGGGCAGUGAUGUUCAGCUCACCUGUAUCCUUCAAUCCAACUAUCCCCCGGCCAAUCAGAUUGUCUGGUUCAACAACCACAGACAGGAAGUCGUACAGGAAGUCCAGGAAGCCCUGGCCAAAACCAGAAAGUAUGUGCUGCGUCGCGCGGCUGCGUGGACCAACCUAACGGUCUUAGAGACGGAUGGAACAACAGACAGCGGCCAAUACUGGUGCUCCGCUAGCAACGCCGUGGGAGGGACUGAGAUCCCUGUUACGCUAUUGGUCAAGAGAUACCCCAUGCCUCCCAAUGUGACCCUGGUAAGGCUGGUUUACAGCAGUCGGCAGCGCAGAGAGGUGGAGCUGGAGUGGCAGAUGGAGGGAGAGGGAGAAGGAGGAGAGGGAGGAGGGCUGACUGGGUUUAUACUUGACCACAGACUAGAGGAGGCACCAGGGAGGAGGAGAGGAGAGGAGGAAAAAGAGAAGGAGAGAGAGGAGGCUGGUACAGAUCCUGCUGACCAAGAGGAGCAGCGACAGGGAAAGGGGAGUAGUUUCACUCCAUGGAAGCAGGUGGCGGUAUUGGAAGCCAGGGAGAGGGUCCACACGCUGGGCAACAUGACCCCAACAGAUACCUACCAGAUACGCAUCACAGCUGUCAAUCACAGAACCCUCGGACACCCCUCCCCCCCAGAAACACCAGGUGAGUGA